UAGUUCCGAAUAGGAAGUGGUUCGGCCAUCUUGAAAAUAGCCAAAAAAAGUUUACUAAAUACUAAUGUUUUAGAGUACUUGAACUUCUUUGAAACUAGGCAUUUUAGUAGGAGAUAAAAGGAAUAAGAUUUGCACUCUUUGGGCGUUAUGAGUGCGGAGUCAACUGACUCUAAAGGAGAGGAAAGAGUAGAAAACCUCUUGGAUGACAUUCUUCAAGGCCACAAUGUUGAUGAUGACCUCUCCACAGAGAUAAAGGAUAAUUCUAAAUCCAAACCCGCUGUUGUAAAGACUGAAUCUAAACUUAAAACUAAGCCUAAAUCACCUAGUAAAAAAGUUAGGACUUCAAAAAAGGAGGCCCAGUCUGACUUUGUAUCUACAGAGAUAGAAGAAAAUCCAGACCCUAUAGAAGAUCCUGUGAAAGAAGACCCUCCACCAGAGGAAGAACAAGCAGAAGUAAAGAGGGACGAAAUUAAAAAGGAAAAAGUUAAUACGGAAUCAGAACAAACAGAAAAGACAUAUUCUGUGAAAAAACCCUCUUCUAAAAAAGUUAUAAAAAAGAAAAAGAAGAUAAUAAAGAAAGAACCAGAAAUCAAAGAAGAAACAGUUGAUCCUGAUUUUGAAGAGCAAAGUGAGCCAACAAAAGAGGACCAAUUAAAUCUUGAAGAAGACAUCAAACCAGCUGUUGAAGCUAUGGAAGCCCAGGAAUAUGACACAAGAAGUGAAGCUGAGGGCAGUGAUAGGGCAGCGAAUAGUGAUGCUGAAGAGGAAAAUAAAGAGGAAUCAGACUUUUUUGAGAGUGGCUCAGAAAGGAUGAGUAAUGCUGAUGAAGAAAUGGAAGAGGUUGUAGAAGAGGAGGAAGAAGAAGAAGAGGACGACGAGGAGGAGGAUGAAGAAGAUGAAGAUGGAGAGGAGGGAUCUCCUUCAAGCAAAAAAAUGAUGAAGCGGGGAAUCUCACCCAUUGAAUGGGAUGUCCCAUCAGAAGAAAUCAGUGAGGUUGAAGAGGAGGAGGAGGAACAUGAAGAAAGUCCUCAAGAGGAAAAAAGCGGAGAGAGUGGAGGUGAAAAAUCAGAUGAAGAAUCUAAACGUGAUUCCAAGCUGAAAUAUGUGUUCCGUAAUGCAAGGUUCUUUCUCAUUAAGAGUAACAAUCAUGAAAAUGUUGCACUUGCAAAGGCCAAAGGGGUGUGGUCAACACCACCACAGAAUGAAGGCAGAUUGAACACAGCCUAUAGGAACCAUGACAAUGUGAUAUUAAUAUUUUCUGUUAAAGAAAGUGGAAAAUUUCAAGGUUAUGCAAGAAUAGCAGAUGAAUCCACUAAAGAUCAUCCACCAAUCAGAUGGGUUUUACCGCCUGGUUUAAGUGCUAGAGCACUUAGUGGGGUAUUUAAACUUGACUGGAUAAACAGGAGAGAAUUACCUUUCACUAAGACACAACAUCUGCACAAUGGUUGGAAUGACAACAAACCUGUGAAAAUUGGUCGUGACGGACAGGAUAUUGAGCCAAAAUGUGGAGAAAUGUUGUGUAAACUUUUCCCAGCAGAUGAUAAUGUAGACUUGAGUUCCAUUGUGCGGAAAGCUCGUAAAAGGCAUUCUGUACGGAGAGCUAAUGGAAGUGGAGGAGGUGGUGGAGAGGGAGGAGGAGGAGGUGGUGGUGGAGGAGUUGUUAUUGAACGAAGAAGAGAAAAUUUCCGUGGAAGAGAUUUCCGCGGUCGGUUUGGACGUGGUGAUUUCUUUAGACGCAGGCGCAUGGAUGAUUUUGAGGGACCAAGAAGAAAACGACCAAGAGGAGAUUUUGAUAGAGAGGGAGGUAGAAUGUUUAGAGAUCGACCUGACAGAUCACCCAGAUAUGCAGGAGUAAGAAGAGAUACAUUUAUAAAUGGGUCUUACAAUGACUACAUCAGAGAAUUCCAGCAUGCCAGACCACCCGUACCCCCAGGGAUGCCACCUUAUGGACCACCGCCACCUGGGUUUGGUAUGGAACCUAUGCCACCUUAUCAUAAUCCAUAUCAUGAAAGACAAAGAGAAUACAUGCCAGUCCCAGAAUAUGCUCAGUCUGCAUCACGGUCGGACAAACGAUCUUAUGAAAGAGAUGUAGAUGAUUUCUUAAGGAGAACUUCAGAACCAAUGAGACGUAGGAGUCGUGAACGAGAUCGUAGCAGGGAACGAGACCGUGAACGUGAACAUGGAAGAGAAAGAGAACACAGACAUCGCCACAGAGACAGGCGAUCUUCACGAUGAUGAUAAUUGAAUGAGAGGAAUGUGAGGGCAUUGUUAUGAGAGGAAGGAGUGUGUUGCAUUGGAUGUGCAUUAAAAAUGGAUAGCUGUCUUUCAUCAGAAUGAGUGAUUUUAAUAAGUGAUGAAGAAAAUCAUUUGAUGAACAAAAAUGAAAUGAAAGUGCUAUCGAUCUAUUGUCAUUUAUUUUUAGCAUUUGUGUAAAUGUUUUUUAUACAUUUUAAAUCUUUUUAUUUUGUGUAUUUAUAGCAAUUGUAUGUGAAUCAUACACUAAUAAAUGUCAUUUGUAUAA